CAUCAAAACUGGAUGAAAACAGACAGCUGAGCGGCUAGCAGGAAGCGGCGCUCAGGGAUCUGUGGUCAAACAACUGACUAAAGAGAAACGGCAAAGUCAGAAGCAACACGGAUAAUUCAAGAUAACAUCGCUGCCUCCUGCUAGAACACAACACAACGACAAGAAAACGGGAUUUGGUUGUGAGUUUCCACUGCUGUCGACAGCAAAGAUAGUUUUCGGAGAUGGAAUUUCCAGAUUUGGGAGAGCACUGCUCUGAGAAGACCUGCAAACGUUUAGAUUUUCUUCCAAUGAGAUGUGACGCCUGUGAAGAGAUUUUCUGUAAGGACCACAUAACCUAUGCAAAUCACAAAUGCACAUCAUCCUACAAAAAGGAUGUCCAGGUCCCAGUAUGCCCUUUGUGUAACACCCCUAUUCCCAUCAAGAGGGGGGAGAUGCCUGACAUUAAAGUCAGUGAGCACAUUGAUCGGGACUGCAAAUCGGACCCCGCACAAAGAAAGAGAAAGAUUUUCACAAAUAAAUGUUCUAAAGGAGGCUGUAAGCAGAAGGAAAUGAUGCGAGUGACCUGUGACCAGUGUCAUUUAAAUUACUGUCUUAAACAUCGGCACCCGCUAGACCAUGAUUGUAAGACUGAUGGGAAACCUCUGUCCAAAUCUGGACAUGCUGCUGUAAUGAGGUCACAAGGUGCUUCCUCCACCUCUGCCUCUGGUUCUAGUUCAUCCGGUACAGCAAACUCUAGACCGGUUUCUAAUGGUGUCAGUGUAAAUAACAGAAACCACAGCACUGGCUCUACCCAGCGAAUUCCUACUUCUAUUUCAGCACAGAAUGUAAUACCACCAUCAGCAUCAUUUCAGGCCGGCAUGACGGAGGAGCAGGCCUUACAAAGGGCUCUGGAGAUGUCCCUGGCUGAUUCGAGACAGACAGUUCAGCCGACUCUUAGCCCUCAGGAGCAGGAGGAUCUGGCUCUCGCUCAGGCUCUCGCCGCCAGUGAAGAAGAAUACAGACGCCAGCAGCAGAGACAACAGGGGAGGGAGUCCAAACAGUCCAACUGCAGCCUUUCUUAAUCUUGGACCAUUUUAGACUUCAAGCUGUGCUAAUCAUUUACUAGAAACUGCACAUCUGACAUGUCACUUUUCCAGGAUCAGUGAUUGUUCAAUGAAGACAUACUCUUGGAAUUUGCUGAGAUAGUGCCGCCUUCUACAGUAUAAGCACAUCUACUUUCCAGCAGGAUCUGUAAUUUUUACUAAUGAUUUGCUCUGUACAUAUUUUAUACGUUGAUCACAAAGAAUCCAUUAUAUUACCAUAUAUGAAUACUAAUAAAUUAUGUCAAAGAUGCACCCUGAA